AUGUCCAUUGAUACAAUUUUUAUACUUUCUCAAAAUGGUCAAAUUUUGGCUCAUAGAAUAUUUAAAGGCCUCAAGCGCAAGGACACUUUGCCUGAAUUCUACACUCAAUUCAUAUAAUACUUUAGAGGGACAAAUGCUGAUAAGGAAUACCCAAUUAUUAGAAUAAAGGAUGCUCUUUACCCUUUUGUUACCUUCUCGGAAUUCAUCAUAGGAGCAAUUGUAACAGAAGAGAUUCCUAUAUUACAGUUAUUUGCAACACUCUUCCUAAUUCUGGAUGUUCUCAAGGCCUCAUUCCCAAAUGAAUCCUAUGAGAGUCUCAAAUAGAAUUUGCCUUCAAUCCUCAUCAUGCUUGAUACCUUAUUCGAUUAUGGAUAUCCAUAAAUCACAUAAAGAUACGCACUAGAAAGUAUAGUUAAACCAAGAAGUCUAAUUUAAAAAAUAAAGGAAAAAGUAAUAGGCAGACAGAACUUACAAAAAGAAACUGUUUCUGUAAUGGAUAGCUACAUAGAAAGCUAGGCAGAUAUGAAUGAAUAUAGUCAAUAUAGAAUCCCUGAAAUCAAGGGUCAAGAGGAAGUUUACUUCGAUGUUAUCGAAUACUUAAAUUGUGUAUUAGAUAAGAAUGGAAGAAUUUUGAUGGAAGAGAUCAAUGGAGAAAUCAAAGUUGACUGUAAUCUAUCAGGAAUUCCUGAAUUAUAUGUAUUCCUCAAUCAACCAAAACAGUUUGAUGAUUACUCAGUUCACGAAUGCUUGCUCUAAAAGAUUGAUACUUUUGAAAGGGAACAGGUCUUGGUAUUUGUUCCUCCUUCAGGAACUACAACUAUCUUUUAUUAUAACAUUAAAGAGAUUUCAAUUAGAGUUCCAUUUGACUUCAUUCCAAAAUUGUAAUUCCUAAAUAACUAAGUUAAAAUAGAUCUCCCUUUUUAAAAUAGACCAGUCAGAGAUAUAUCAUAUGUAGUUGAUGAACUUCAUGUAAAAUUAACAGUACCAACUGGUCUGAGUCUUGGGGAAACGGAGAUGGUUCAAGGAACACUUCAAGAAUUGGAGAAUGCUAUUCUGUGGAAAAUAGGAAAACUGGAAAUUGAUUCAUCAAUUAGAUUAGCUGUAACCUUCACAGCAAAGGAAGAAUUAUUCAAUAUCAUCUAAUAGGGAAAUUUCUUGGUCCAAUUAAAAUUUGUUGUUAAGACAUUCAGCUCAUCUCAAACUAAAAUUGAUAAAGUUGAGGUUAAAAAUGGGCCUAAGGUUCUGAUAAAAAGAGCCAGAAAUAUAGCUAAGAGUGGCUAUUACGAAAUUCGAUUAAAUUGA